ACAAAUAGCCACAAGUUAUUGCCAAUAUUAUAAACAACUGCUCCGUUGUUGACAGUUUGAAUUAGUUUUAUUGAAUCAUAAUUUUUUCUCUUUCUAUUUCGACAAUGUUUAUUUAAAAUAAUUUAUUUAUAUUAUUAUUUGGCAAGUUGUUAAUGUCGUGCACACAAAGUAGUGUUUGACAGUGUAAAAAAGUAAAAUGAGCGCCGCAGAAUAUCUAAGAAAGGCGGUCGAAUAUGACGUGACAGGCCGAAAAUUGGAAUCGCUCAAGCUGUAUGAAACUGGCAUUUCAGCAUUAUUUGAAACAUACAAAUCUGAAACCGAUGCAGCGAAGAAAAAGUAUUUCCAAAGUAAGAUCAGCGAGUAUAUGAAACGAGCGGAAGAAAUCAAGGUGAAAAUUAAAGAACGACAGAGCCGAGGAGAAAUGAAAGAAAAAAUACAUAUAUUGGCCAAUGGCACAGGUUAUGGUUAUGAGCAAAUUUUUGGGAAAUAUCUCGACGAUGGUGUCAAAGAGAUUGCAUUAGAAGAACCCUACCUUAGAGAGUAUUAUCAAUUAAUCAAUCUGGUACGAUUUUGUGAGCUAGUCGUGUCGAAAUGUCGAUUUUUAUCGUAUAUAAGUGUAACAACGGUGGCCAUUCCGGGAACCAGUCAGCAUCAUGAUCAAAAAACAGCAUUUCAGGCGCUCACCAAUGACUUGAAGAGUAGAAACAUUACAUUGAAAUUCGAUUUUUCGGAACAAUUGCACGAUCGACAAAUUAUUCUAAGCAAUGGAUACGUAAUCAAAAUCGGUCGUGGUCUCCACUACUUCCUUCCCGCUGAUAAAUUUUGCCUCGGCCAAUACAACUACGAUUUUCGCAAAUGCAAAGAAACUAAUGUCGACAUUUUUUACUGUCCUGAGAAUAAGACAACAUGAUCACAUCGAAACCAUACUCCGAGCAUGUAUAUGGAGUUUCAAUACAUUACAUUUGGUACGGGCGUCUAACUCCAUCUACGGAUUUUUCCAGUAGUUGUGAUUCGAGUAUAUGACGAUUUCAACUAUUUUUGGGCGAAAUUAUCUCAAAAAUAUACAAAAAUGAGUUAUUUGAGCGUUCGCAUAGCUCAAACGGCUACCGGAAAUGUAUGCGCAAAUACACGCACUCAAGUGUAUUGUAAAUUUGUUAUCUAGUAACCAUUGCAUGUCUACUGAAUAGUACAUUAACAAUACAGUAGUCGUUUGAGCGUUCGCAUGACAAAUAACUCAUUUUAGCAUACUUUUGAGAUAAUUUCGCCCAAAAAUAGUUAAAACCGCAACUCAAUAGAACACAACUGAUGGAAAAAUCCGUAGAUGGAGUUAGACGUUUCAAAUACGUCAUGUUCUCGUUGUGAUCAAAACAUCGUGCUAGGAUUAAAAAAUUAUACUUUGCAAUGCAAUCAAGUUUUGCUGGUGUAUAAAAAUCAUUUUGAAGCAACCGCCCGUUGAUUCAAUAUUCAAAUCAUACACUUUUUUACUACGAUAUUCGUUAUAGUAUUAAAAUAUUGUUAUUCAAAUUUGUAAGGUAGACAUUUGUCUCAAAUAAAUUUUGUAUAAAG